CUUUUCUGCACUAGCCCCAAACCUUAAAAAAAAAAAAGGUAGAAAUGACAGAGCCUGAUAUUCAUUGCAAUGUUGUUAAAUGUAGAAAACCUCUCUCUGCUGAGCAGCGGGCCUGCGUUACCUCUUGUUCGCACGUUUUUUGUGAAAGCUGCGCAAAUUCCUCAUUUUCAAAGGAGCUGAUAUGUCCGGCUUGUCACACUACUCUGUCUGAAGGAAGUGACGAUAUCAUCAUUACACAACUGAAUCCGACAGAGGAGUAUAAAUCGUCUGUGCUUGCAGGUUUGAAGCCAGACAUAAUUCUGGAUGUUUGUGCUAGGGCAAUUGCUUUUUAUGAAUAUCAAACUUCGCAAGAACUGGCCUUCAGGGCAGUCAUUCAAAAGAGCACCCAAGAAAAAUAUAACGAGUUGAGAAACAAAAGCGAAUUAAUGCAACGGGAUUUGAUUCACAUGAUUAAAGCGAUUAUAAAUGACUAUGAAACAGAAAAGAAAAAAUCGCAACAAAUAUAUUCGAAAUUAGAAGACAAAACAAAACAGUUUCAAAAGCUACAGACAAUGUACGAAAGGUUAAAACGAAAAACAGUUGGCCCCAACAUACAGUCCACGUUUACAAAUCAGCCUCCUCGUCCUCCAAUGAACCGUGCAGAACCCAUGAUUUACAAUCCCAUGAGAUUUAAUAAUCAACAACAAACAGACGAGGAUGAUAUAAUUUCUAGGAUCGGAAGAAGUUCUUCUACAAAUAGGUCGAUAUUUGUACCGCCUCCUCAACAGUCUACUAGAAUUUAUCCGAAUAGAAAUAGCCCAUCACGAAUUCCAUCACCUGUGAAAUCUAUUUAUUCUGUGCGUAGUCAUCGUCCAAAGUACUAUAAAAAACGUAUAAGUCCCACUAUUUCACGAACUUAGACACCUCCCCUCCCCUCGCCAUCCCGUGUACUCCAUUGGUGUUCAAUCAUUCACUGAUGCAUAUGAUCGUUUAUUUCCAUUUAAAGGAAUUUGAUUUUGCUGCACCCCCAUAUAUUUAACUCCAAUUGAAGUUCUUCCUUUUUAUUUCUAUAAGCGUAAAACAUUUUACCGCUUUCUUCCCGCUUAAUAAAAAGUAUCAAAAUAAUCCCACCAAUAAGAU